AUGUUAUUACCAAAGAUACCAAAGAUAAGAGAGUACUUGGGGAAGUACAGCGACAAAGAGCUUUUCCUUCACAGAGCAGCGGAGGUACUUAGAAAUGGUCUGCAGCCCCCCGUGGCCGUAGACCGAAGGUUGGGCGCCCCAGCCUGGGGGUUGGCAAAGGCACCGCGCAUGCCCGACGGGAGUAAACACCGCGUGGCAGCAGUAGUGCCGCGGCGCCCAGCAGGCCGGGACACCGCCACCCGAGGUCGCUUCGCGUGCGAGCGCGGCGCGCGUGCUGUGCCACAAAACUGUCCAACUCCUCAAGCAUCAGCGAACGAGUUGCGAGCACUUCUGACGGUGAGACUAGCCCUUAACGAUCCGCUAAAAUUUCGCCAAGUUAUGUACUCAAGUAGACGU